CGAUAUACCGGUCGAUAAUUUACACCAUCAUUUUGGCGCCAUCCGUGGGACCUGAGCAAAAGGUCAUGAUUUUCUUUAGUGCUCUCAUCUUGUUCUUUGAAAAAGAUUGAAGGAGAUGGUGCUCAACCAAAAAAAAAAAUCGAGGGAGAGAGCCUUGUUUCCAAACGGAUUUUGAUUUCCAAAAAACAAUCAAAAUGUUUUGUUAUUCUACCCAUGCGAAAAAAGAGAACAGGAGAGAAAAAAAUGUUUGGGCCCAAAUACCGGCCCGCAAAAUGGACUUCUUCCUGUCCAUGCCGCUGAAGCUUCCAUUCGACGACAAACCAGCAGCGGGAAUCAGCAUCCAGCAGUCGGACGCCUUCCUCCAGCACCUUACUAUUUCCGGCGACGAGGAGGAGACUCAGGCGUCAUGGCUGCCCCAUUCCGACGAUAGAAGAAGCACUUCGACGGAGCCUCUCACUGCAUUGGAAAAAUGGGGGAAAGAUUUAGAUCGAGUACCGAAAUCUGACCUCCGCGCCUCUUCAAUACCGCACACGGUUACCCCGCCAUCGGAGGAAAUUAUCGUUGCUGUCAAAGGAGAGAAGCCAAUCUCCAAGGGGGCGCUGGCCUGGGCUCCGUCUCAUGUCGAACACGCCAGGCCUCUCACUGCUUCCCCCGUCGCCGGCCCUGAGAUCUAGCACGGGCUGGAGGAGCGUGGGGGAGAGGAGCAAUCAGGAACCACUGUCGACACCUAGCACCAGAAGUCCGCCACUGCCGACACUGAGGGCCAUUAAAAGACUUAAUCACCCGGAAGAGGGGGCCCUGGAAGAAGGGUGCAUUUUGGGCAUUGGAGAGGGCUCGAAACCAUCCGACAUGGUUAAUUCUCCAAUGUUGAUCUGGCCCGGCCAGCAGCAUUAUCUUAUUGGAAGACUGAGACACAGGCCUGGCCUGGCACGCUGGUUACUACACCGGUCUUGCUCAGUAUAAUAAAGAAAAUAUGUGACCCAGUCGAACUGGAAAACCUUCUGAUUCAAGAAAUUGGAGAACUAAUGAAGACUCGGAGGACUAGCAACAAUAUCAACCGGUCAAGAAUCCAAAGUACGAAGAUCGAAGAUAGCACUCGGAGGACUUGUUUACUUUUUCAAGUUGAUGAUUCUCACAACUUAAAAAAGUGGAGGACUUAUUGAUGGGAAAUAAUACGUGGCUCGGCCC